GGUCGCCGCCGGCCGCCGCCGCCGCCGCCAGCGCAGUGACGCCGCGGUGCUGACGGUGAUAGGGCGCGCGCGCGCGGAACGCCGGAACGGCAUACGGGCUACCGGGAGACGGGGAGAGCGCAGGGGCGCGGCGAGAACGGGAGCAGUGCGCUGAGGAGCAGGGCACCUCACCAACAGACACCAUGAUAACGUGCUGUGCGGCGUGCGACAAGCCCAUUCUGGACAAAUUCCUGAUGAAUGUUUUGGAGCGGACUUGGCACGCGGACUGUGUGCGGUGUUUCGACUGCCACGUCAACCUCACAGACAAGUGCUUCAGCCGGGAAGGCAAGCUGUUCUGCCGGGACGACUUCUUCAGGAGAUACGGCACCAAGUGUAACGGCUGUGGCCACGGCAUCUCACCACAAGACCUGGUGCGGAAGGCGCGCGAAAAGGUAUUCCACCUCAAAUGCUUCACCUGCCUGGUCUGUCGAAAACAGCUCUCCACCGGCGAGGAGCUGUACGUGCUCGAUGAGAACAGGUUCAUCUGCAAAGAGGAUUACAUCAGCGGCAAGAGUAUGCCAGCCGACUCUGUGAUCCACGGCGAGGACGAAGAGGAGGAAGAGGACUUCACCGCCGGCGGAGACGCCAUCAACACGCCCUCGCUGCCAGCCAUCGAGCUCGACGCGCCCGCCGUCAAGCUGGAGACCAACAACAACCUGGUGUCGACGCCGGUGUCGGCGCCGGCCGGCGGCGGCGACCCGCUCAGCGAGAAGGCGGCCUCGGUGGGCGCGCCCGACUCCGUGGUCGACUCGGACAAGCACGAGUCGGACCCGGGCUCGGACGCCGAGAUGGACGCCGCGCGGGACGCCCAAACCGACGGCAAGACCGCCGACGACGACAAGGUGGGCGGCAACAAGCGGCGCGGCCCGCGCACCACCAUCAAGGCCAAGCAGCUCGAGGUGCUCAAGGCGGCCUUCAACGCCACGCCCAAGCCGACGCGGCACAUCCGCGAGCAGCUGGCCAAGGAGACCGGCCUGCCCAUGAGGGUGAUCCAGGUGUGGUUCCAGAACAAACGCAGCAAGGAGCGCCGCAUGAAGCAGCUCUCCUCGAUGGGCAUGCGCGCGCACAUGUUCGGCAACCCGCGCAAGCUGCGCGGCAUGCGCAUGUCGCCCAGCAUGGACGAGUUCCCGUUCUACGCGGACGGCCAGUUCUACGGCCACCAGCCGUUCAACGAGUUCUUCCCGGGCGGGCCCAACCCGGGCAUGGGCUUCCCGCCGGGAGGUCCCGGCGUGCCCGUCUCGAUGGAGCAGCCGCUGCCGCCCGGCGGGCCGAUGGGCGACUUUGGCGGGAUGAACGGCAUCCCGAUGGACCACCCCUUCAUGCCGCACGGCGACCUGAUGUCGCAGCGCUCCAGUCCCGACAGCGCCGGAAACCUGGUCAACGGCAUGCCGCCCGGCCCGCCGCCUCAGGGUCCCGGCAGCUUCACCGACCACCCGAGCAGCGAGGGCCUCGUCUGGUGACCCGUGCGCCAGUGAGCCGGCCGGCCACGGCCGCCAACACGGCGACACGCACAGUGCAAUGUAUUGUUAGCGCCGGCCGCGCUCCGGCCUCCCCUCCCUGGGGGCGCCCGCGGUGUCCGGCAGGCGCCCGCGGUCAGACAACGACCCCCCGAGGUCGCACGACGGGGCCGGAUCGGCCGGCGGCACCGCGGGCCUCCGAGCAGGCGCUACAGGUGCAGCAUUUCUCCUCCGAGUGGCGCGUAGGUCCCAACGUGGGGAUUGCGUUGAUGUGUUGAAUUUGAGUGACAUGGUUGAUUUGCUGAUCUUGUAAAACAGAAAAAUAUCCCUACAUCGGUUGACCUAUCUCAAAAUAGUAGACCUGACUGGCGCUGCAUGAAAAUGUGGCGAUAUUUUUUGUGAAGUGGUCAGAAUGUGACCCAUCAUCCCUUUUACUGAACAUUUUACACCCUCGACCUAAUGAUAUGGUUCGCCUGACAAUCAACAUGUGUGUGUGUGUGUGCGGAAAUGUUGCAUCUCUAGUAGACGCAGUCUAGUACCUACCAGCGGGGCUGCAGGGCUAAGGUAUGGAGUGGCGACCUGCCAGCACUGUCCGAGCUAGUUGGACCGUCUCGGGGCGCUCGGCCGGGACCGGGGACCCGGCGCCGCGCCGCCGCCUGUACUAUAAACCCGUGAUCUGUACAGCAGGUACCGUGUAAAAGACGAGCGCGCGCGCCCCUGCCAGUGUGCGCCGUGACCGUCUCACUGAUGUGAUGGUUUGUUUUGAGUGCUUUGUUCGGUGUCCGGCAGACCGGACUGGCGGCAGGACACGAUCGGGCGCGGUCGGCGGCCGCAGCGUAUAUUUAAAGUUUAUCUAAUGGCGUGGCGUGGUAACUCUAUGGUGCAUUUGGAGUGAGUGCCAAUCUGCGAACAGUGUCUGUUUUGUGCGAGAGAACACGCCGUGUGAAUGUGAUUAAUGUAUUUUUGUUGUACAUAAGAUGUCAUUAAAUGUUUCUCGUUGUGCAAA